ACACUUCCACUAACUUAAAGGCAGGCAGAGAAGAACAUGAUGUCAUCGAUCGCACCCCACUUGCUGGAGCUCCUGCGUCAGCCAUUCAACGACAAAUGUUCCAAUUGGCCAAUCACGCAGCAGUAAGAGUCAGAGGCAGUCAAUAGUAAGUCGCACGAGGAGUCAAUUAGCUGAGACUCAGCACUGCACAGGGCCAGCAAACCUCAUUCGCUGGCCCCAUGUCGCCCCAUUUCUCUAUCCAUCCACGAACGCUCACACAUACAGGUAGUGUUGGAUCGCUGCCUCCUAAUUCUGCCUACCUAUCUCCAACCAUCAUGAAGGACACGCACCACACUACACCGCACCACACCGCACCGCACCGCACCCACUGGAAGGGAACUGCACUGAAACGCACGCCGGACAGACCGUAUGAAUGGGCUAUGAAGAAUAGAGACCAGUCAGUCAGUCAGUCAGCCAGUCAGUCACGCAAGCACGCACGCAGGACGGCAGAAAGGUGCCUGCGUAUCCUGCAUAGUGGGUGCUCUUUCUCCUAAUACACAGGCAGGCAGGCAGGCAGGCAGACAAUUUACCUUCAACUCGUGCUGUGGGCACGCGCAGAGAGACACAAGCCGGAGAGAGAGAAGUGCGCAUCAUCCAUCCAUUCAUUCACAUGCAGGCAGCCGAUAUAUAGGUAGAUCACAGGAGGGCACGAAGGAAGGGCUUGAAAUGUCGCUCAGGUCGGACUGACUAGCAAAUCCCACCCCACACAUAAUAAGGCAGCAAAACUGGCGAGAGAGGCAGGCAGGCCGGGCUCACGCAACCAAAAAGAGGCAGGGAGAAAAAGGAAAGCAACUCGCAUAGACGAAAGACAUCCAAACACCAAACACAACACAGAAGGGAUGGAGCGCCGCGCAAAGGGAGGGAACGAAAACACAUACCCGCCCGACCGCACAUACACAGACGCCCCUGCACACCCGCUGCACACUCUUGAUGCCGAAAAAUAGCAGAACAGUACCCUCUUUGCCCAGCACACACCUAUGGAUUAACGCACACGCACAUAGAGGAGAUCCGAAAAAUAGAGCCCAGUAGUGAGAGUAAGGAGGCACCAUCGGAAGAAAGAGACAAUACCCUCACCCACAGUCAUAUAUCUUAAUAAACACCGCAUUAUCACUUUUGUCACUUUUUCCCUUGAUGGGCGCAUCUGAAAAGACGUGCAAACCUCAUCAUGCUCACUCACCCACCGCACUGUCGCACGCCCCACUUACAUCCAUCCAUCCAGCAAGCUUUCAACGCAGUCCGCUGGAUGGAUGCAUGUCCGUCAAAACGCAUGAUCCGCCCUUGCCCCCGCCCCCUGCCCGCCUGCCCAGCAGCCUGCCUCUCUCGAAGGAGACACCCCAACGCGAAUACAGCAGCGCCCGGACACCCCAAUACACUUGGUGAAUCGCACCCGGACGCCCACACAAAGAUAGGAGAAACGGCAUCAUGAACGAAGAAGCGAGGUACCAGAUAGCCAGAUAUUCACGCAUGUACGUAUGAAUGUACAUUUGUAAGUCAACUAGCGCAGCAAAAAGAGCCUCCCUCUGCGUGCCCCCUUGUGUACACGAAUGCAUACCACGCAUGCAUCCCUCCCUCCCUCCCUCCCUCAUCCAUCCAUCCAUCCAUCUAUCCAUCACUCCUCAUAUCCCGACGGCUGUGCCUCAUAAAGCACAUCAGCCGGCACCCGAUCCAUCGCAGCAGCCAGUGGGGAAGGCGGCACGGGCAUCCGCCGCUCCGCAGGCCCAGACGACGCCGAUGCCGUACUCUUGGGCCGGGACUUUGCCUUGCCCCUCUCCUGCUCCUCGCUCCUGCUCCUGGCUGGCACAGGGGCCCCGGCUCGGGUGCCCUCGGACGAUGACAGCUGCCGCGUCGAGAGGGCCGUGUACUCGCCGAUCGAUGGCGUGGCGUUCAUCGUUGCCGCUGACGUGACCCGACGACCAGCCGGGAUGGGAUGGACAGGCUCGGUGCUGGCCGGUGCAGCUCUGGCGGGCGGCCAUGGGCAGUGCCCCCCUCCGCCCCUCUCAGCCAGAUACGGGUCGACGUCUGCCUCCCUCUGUGACGGAAAAUGGUUCCUGGGAGGCCGCUUGGACUGCCUGUGCAUUGGGAAGGGGGGAAGGAGCGGCGGCGCAUGAGGCUGAGAAGUCGGGUAGGGGGGCGAGGGCCGCUCGGGCGAGCCAGACUGCGACGAGAAUGACCGGUCGUAGAACGGCCGAUCUGGAACUAGAGGACAGGGGCCAUAGCCGAGUAAUGGCGGAGAGCCACACGCGAAGGGAACUGUGGGGGCGGGAGGGGGGUGGAGAGGGUAGUAGGACGAGUACGGCGGAGGGUUGGGCACGCGAGCGUCGUACAUGACAGGACACGGCCCCAUCAAAGACAUGGGAGAGUUGGCAGCAGAGAGCGGUGCCCGUGUCCAGGGGUACGGGGGAAUGCUCGGAGCCGGCAGCAUCUGCCCAAAUGACACAGAUGGACCCAGGUCCCUCUCGAGAGCCGAGAGUGCCGGUGGGAAGAUGGGGGAGAGCAGCUGGGGCGACGGGGGCGGCAGGGAGGCGCUCACGGCCCUAGAGGUGGGGUAGACAGUGCCGCCCGUCAUGGGGAGUGGCGGCUGCGACUUCUCCUGCAGCAGCUGCUCGACGCUCUUGCCCUCCUGCCGGGCACGCUUCUCCAGCUCAGUCCGGCGAUAUCUGUGGACAAUGAAUGAACCAGACCCAGACAGAUCGACACAUGCCCGGCGACCGACGCGAGAGCCACCUGUGCGUUCACGUGCGCUAGCUCACCUUCUUGUCCGCAGGUCUGCGUCGCCGUGUGCGUGCCGGCAUCUGUCGCCCUCUGGACAGUAGCCGGCCUUCCAGUACUUGCAAAUGGACGUCCUGAAGAGAGAGGAGAGGGCAGGCAGGGAAACUUGUUGUUGUGUGUGUUUGGGUGCGUCUGAGUGAGUGAGUGACUUGCUUGAAGUAGUCGUCGGUGGCUCGCAGCUCUUGCUCUCCGUGCGCAAACCUGAUUGGCGGACAACACAGCAGAGGGAAAUGGGAAACGAGCCCUGCAUAUCUCCCUCUCGUGCCCACUCACUUGCAGUGUGCAGAGUCCCGAGGACACAUACCCUUGAGAAACGCGGUACACAGCCGCGUCCUGGAGCAAAAUCGCAAGCAGAGAGAGCGACGGUGGAUCAACCAGCGACAGCGAGCUGCGCUUCCUAGUCUGACUCACUUCUGCAGGUUGGGCGGUGGGCGGAGCUCUCUAGCGUCGUGGGCGAAGAAGCACCGCUCGCCCCGAUAGCAGUCGCCCUUCGCGAAGAAGGGACACAUCUUGGUCUUGUAGAACUGAACGAACGCAAACGAACAGAACACACAAGGACACAUACACAUCCAGCACACACACUCAUUCAUUCACUCAGUGAUUGCUGUCGUACGUACCUGGUCCACGACCACACCAUCAUCUCUCUCAUUGAGAGUGAUAGAUGACGCAGCCACAGGAACCGCCCCGGCACUCAUCAGCACCAUUCAAUCCACCUCAGCCAGCCAUCCACAACACACCCCACACACCCGCCAGUGGAACUCACUCACUCGCCCGACAAAUACUCACGGAAGUAAGGACGACAAUUAGGUAGGCAUAGGCAGACAGACAGACAGACCCUCAGAAACGCACUCACUGACGCAACCAGGCAAGCAAAUACUCGCACACGGCAGACACUCACUCACUCACUGACAGACAACCGGAUCAAAACACAGAUGGAUGAAUCAAAUCACGUGGCUCAUACGGCAGGCGCUCAGUCUCUCUGUCAGCGCAGUGCCGAGGCGGGGGAUGAGAGGGAGAGCAGCUCAGGAGAGAGAGAGACUGACCAACCACUUGAAAGCAAGAGCACUUUGAAACGCGCCUCACAAAUCGACUCCGCCGGUAUUUGGCGACUCGGUUGCUGCGUUUGAGACUGUUCAGGUCAGCUCUUUUGCUUCCGCUGUUGGC